CUGUCUACAUCUCCUUCCAACUGGAAAAAUCUUCAGUCCACAAAAAGCAUUAUUAACAAGACUGAAGAACACAUCUUACCUUGAUCCUGGAUGCUGUUGGCAUUGAGGAUUCAAUCCACUUCACCAGGACUUUCUGGACGCAGUUCAAGAAAAAUAGAAGGAAGCAAUACUUAAGGAUUUCUCUGUCUGCAUUAGUCCUGUGUGUGUAACACAGCACAGGUUUCGUUUGGAACAAGUGAGAGAUGGCUCUGUCAUCUGGAUCUAAGGGGAUAUCUUGAGUCCCUUGAGCUACAUAUAUGAUGUUUGAAAGGCAUUAAACUCAAAGUCUUUCAGCAUAAAUUCACUAAAUUCUGGAUUGUUUUUAUUUUGAGAACUCAGUAGACAGAAAUUUCCUGCCAAAAAGAGACAAAACUUUUGCUGUGUUUUUGGGUUAAGUGUGAAUAAUAAUGUCUUGGAAGAGAAAUUAUUUUUCAGGGGGCCGUGGUAGUGUCCAAGGGAUGUUUGCACCUCGAAGCUCAACCUCCAUAGCCCCCAGCAAAGGCCUCAGCAAUGAGCCAGGGCAAAAUAGCUGCUUCCUCAACAGUGCCCUGCAGGUUUUAUGGCACUUGGACAUCUUUCGACGUAGCUUUAGACAGCUUACAACUCAUAAGUGCAUGGGAGAUUCCUGCAUCUUUUGUGCUCUCAAGGGAAUCUUUAACCAGUUUCAAUGUAGUAGUGAAAAAGUGCUUCCAUCAGACACUCUCCGCAGUGCUCUGGCAAAGACUUUCCAGGAUGAACAACGUUUCCAGCUGGGAAUUAUGGAUGAUGCUGCGGAGUGCUUUGAAAACCUCCUGAUGAGAAUUCACUUCCACAUUGCUGAUGAAACCAAAGAGGAUAUAUGUACUGCCCAACACUGCAUUUCCCAUCAGAAGUUUGCAAUGACAUUGUUUGAGCAGUGUGUAUGUACUAGCUGUGGCGCCACAUCUGAUCCACUGCCUUUUAUCCAGAUGGUACAUUAUAUUUCCACCACUUCCCUUUGCAAUCAGGCUAUUUGUAUGCUGGAAAGACGAGAAAAACCUUCACCAAGUAUGUUUGGUGAGCUGCUACAGAAUGCCAGCACCAUGGGGGAUCUGCGGAACUGUCCGAGCAACUGUGGAGAGAGAAUCCGAAUUCGCCGAGUGUUGAUGAAUGCUCCACAGAUUAUCACAAUUGGGCUGGUAUGGGACUCGGACCACUCAGACUUGGCAGAGGAUGUUAUCCACAGCCUGGGUACCUGCCUUAAGCUGGGUGAUCUGUUUUUCAGAGUGACAGAUGACCGGGCCAAGCAAUCUGAGUUGUACUUAGUUGGAAUGAUCUGUUACUAUGGCAAACAUUAUUCUACAUUCUUUUUUCAAACAAAGAUCCGUAAAUGGAUGUACUUUGAUGAUGCUCACGUCAAGGAGAUUGGGCCCAAAUGGAAGGAUGUGGUGACCAAGUGCAUCAAGGGGCAUUAUCAGCCCUUGCUGCUGCUUUAUGCAGAUCCCCAGGGUACCCCAGUGUCUACCCAGGACCUGCUUCCCCAAGCCGAGUUCCAUUCAUACAGCAGGACAUGCUACGAUAGUGAAGAUUCAGGACACCUGACUGAUAGUGAAUGUAAUCAGAAACACACAUCCAAGAAAGGGUCACUGAUAGAGCGCAAGAGGAGUUCUGGCCGAGUUAGGAGGAAAGGCGAUGAGCCACAGGCCUCAGGGUACCACAGUGAAGGAGAAACACUGAAAGAGAAGCAGGCUCCUAGGAAUUCUUCCAAACCAUCCAGCAGCACCAACAGGCUAAGGGAUUUUAAAGAGACAGUCAGCAAUAUGAUCCAUAACAGACCAUCCCUGGCUUCCCAGACCAAUGUAGGUUCUCCCUUUGGGGGGAGGGGAGGAGAUCAGCCUGACAAAAAACCUCCUCGGAACCUUCCUUUACACUCUCGUGACUGGGAAAUAGAGAGUACCAGCAGUGAAUCAAAAUCCAGUUCUUCUAGCAAGUAUCGUCCAACAUGGAGACCCAAACGGGAAUCUCUGAAUAUUGACAGUAUCUUUAGUAAGGACAAAAGGAAGCAUUGUGGCUAUACCCAGCUUAGCCCCUUUUCUGAGGAUUCAGCGAAAGAAUUUAUACCAGAUGAACUAAGCAAGCCACCUGCUUAUGACAUUAAAUCUAGUGGACCAAGCCCCCACUACAAGCCUUGGGGCCCAGCACGGCCAGGCUCUCACCUUUUAGAGCAGCACCCUCGCUUAAUCCAGCGAAUGGAAUCUGGCUAUGAGAGCAGUGAGAGAAACAGCAACAGCCCUGUCAGCCUGGAUGCAGCCUUGCCUGAGAGCUCAAAUGUCUGCAGGGAUCCAAGUGCUAAGAGAUCAGCUGGGUUGGUCCCUUCCUGGCGUCAUAUCCCUAAGUCUCACAGCAGUAGCAUCCUGGAGGUGGAUUCCACAGCAUCCAUGAAUAGCUGGACAAAGAGUCAGCCCCUCUCAGGUGGAGAAUUGUCUUCUAAAAGUGAACUGGACGAAUUACAGGAAGAGGUGGCCAGGAGGGCCCAGGAACAGGAACUUCGAAGGAAACGGGAAAAGGAAUUAGAGGCAGCUAAAGGGUUUAACCCUCUUCCCAGCCGCUUCAUGGACUUGGAUGAACUGCAGAAUCAGGGGAGGAGUGACGGCUUUGAGAGAUCCCUGCAAGAGGCAGAUUCAGUGUUUGAAGAGUCAUUGCAUCUGGAACGGAAGGGAGACUGUGCUGCAGCUUUGGCUCUCUGUAAUGAAGCUAUCUCUAAACUAAGACUUGCCCUGCAUGGUGCCAGCUCUAGCACACACAGCAGAGCCCUAGUCGAUAAGAAGUUGCAAAUCAGUAUUCGAAAAGCACGGAGCCUGCAGGAUCGCUUGCAGCAACAGCAGUCAUCACAGCAGCCGGCGCAACCCUCAGCCUGCCUCCCAUCACAGGGGGGUACCAUCCCUCAGCCAACAAGUGAACAGCCUAUCCCGCUCCAAGUACUGUUAAGCCAGGAAGCCCAGCUGGAACCCUGCACGGAUAGAGAGUUUGGGACCAGUUCUUUCUUCCACUCACCUGCUUCCUGCCAUGAGUCACACUCAUCCCUAUUCCCAGAGUCAAAUGUCCCACAGCACAAUUCCCCUACUAGAUCUGUCUUGAAGCUUCUGACUUCAGGUGAGGUGGACAACACUGACACCUCUGCAUUCCAUAGGCAGGGUUUACCUAAAACACCAGGCAGGACUGAGAAGAAUUCUCAUCAUGGUUGGGAGCCAUUGGAUGCCUCAGAGGGUAAACUUCAUGGCUAUUGGGGUAACAAUGGCGGCUGCAGCAAAUUCCCUCCGCAAGAAGGAAGAGGCAUUGCUCAAGAACAGCUGUUCCAAGAAAAGAGGGAUCCUGCUGAUCGAUCUCUGAUGAUACCUUUGUCAUACACAACUGGAAUACCCACCUCUGAGAGAGAAGAUGAACAUAUCCUAGGCUGUAGUCCUUCAAAUUCAUCAGCUCAGUCCAGCCUUCCCCUGUAUAAAGCCUGCCAUCCCAUAAUGCCUGCUGCUGACUCAUCUGAGCUUCAUUCUCCUGAUCCUGUGCAGAAUACUAACCAAUGCCUCCAAGCCCAAAGCCGCAAAACGUCAUUGACUUCACGAGUAGAUGGAGGCAGUGAAGAACCCUACAGGCCAGAGUUUCCCAGCACAAAGGGGCUUGUCCGCUCUCUGGCAGAGCAGUUUCAGAGGAUACAAGGUGCCUCUACAAGGGAUGGUACAGGUUCUAAGGACAAAAAUUUGCCAGAUAGUUUAAGAAAGAACUUUUCCCCUUCUGAUUCAAAGCCUCCUCUUUCACAAGGUCAAGGGAAAGACCACUGGCCUAGGGCAAUACAGCAACCCUCUCUGGAUGGCAAAGACAGAUUGCCUUUCUGGGAAGACCCUGCUGAACACUUUUCUUUUGCCAUAAACUCUGGGCUGCCUAAUGGUGAAACUUCUAGAGGAGGACAGCCCAGGUUGGCAGAACCAAGUAUAUAUCAAGGGAAGCUGUCCCAAGCGAGAGAUGCUAGGCCUAAGGAGCUGGGUAGCAGUAUGGACUUGGGGACUUCCUUGCCUUUAGAUUCCUGGGUGAAUGUCACGAGACUCUGUGAUUCUCAGCUUAAACAUGGAGCCCCUGGGCCAGGAAAUAAGUCCUCUCCCCAUGAUUCCCAUAGUUGUGCAACAUAUCCAGAGAGAAAUCACAUCCUUUUACAUCCACAUUGGAACCAAGACACAGAGCAGGAGACCUCAGAAUUGGAGUCUCUCUACCAGGCUAGUCUUCAGGCUUCUCAAGCUCGCUGUUCUGGAUGGGGACAGCAGGAUGUGGCUUGGCACCCACUUAGCCAAACAGGCUCUGCAGAUGGUAUGGGGAGGAGGUUGCACUCAGCCCCUGGUCAUGGUCUUUCAAAGACCCCAACAACAGAAAUGGAGCACAGUCUCCGUGAAGCCAGCACAGCUGCACCUUGCCGAGGCCUCAGCAGGGAGUGUGGGGAGGAUGAGCAGUACAGUGCAGAGAACUUUCGCCGCAUCUCACGCAGUCUCAGCGGCGCCGUUGUCUCAGAGAGGGAGGAAGCUUCAGUUUCUUCCCACAGUUUUGAUCCAUCAAACGCCAGGAAAAAGCAUUUGGAAACCGGGCACCGUUGUUCCAGCUCCUCUUCCCUCCCUGUCAUCCAUGACCCUCCUGUGUUUCUCCUUGGUCCCCAACUCUACCCUCCCCCACCACAGAUCCUGUCCCCAGAUGUCCUGAUGCCCAGCAUGGCAGGGGAGCCCUAUAGACCCCCAGGAACUUCGAGGAGUAUCCAGCAGUUUCUGGCUAUGUGUGACAGGGGUGAAACUUCCCAAGGGUUCAAGUACACAGGAAGGACUUUGAACUACCAGAGUCUACCCCAUCGUUCCAGAACAGAUGCCUCCUGGGGACCCCAGUCAGAGACCAACCAGCACCUUGGGGCCAGAUGCCUGACUACUCCAGGGUUCAAUCCUCAGCUAACCCACACUGCCAUACUACCAGAAAGCAGCCAGGGCCUUCAGGUUCCUCAUGCUCAGUCCUGGGGGGAUCUUUUCCACUUAUCUCCUCAUCCUCCCAUUGUUCACCCUGUGUCCUCACCAUCCAACAGUCUUCAUGUACCCUUGAGGUCAGCCUGGAAUUCAGGUCCUAUUACAGGGUCCCGAACCCCUGGUCCCCGAAGAGUAGAUAUGCCCCCAGAUGAUGACUGGAGGCAAAGCAUUUAUGCCUCCCAAUCUGGACAUAGGAGGACAAGGGGAGAGGGAUAUCUGUUUGUUUUACCAGAUGCCCCUGGAAAAGAACAGAUCAGGGCUCGAGCCCUGCAGCACAGCCAGUGGUAAGGGUCACUCCUGUCCUUUCCUGGAGCCACACUAUUCUCUGAAAAAU